UAAACAUUCGAUAAAAUACGAUAUUAAAUGCUAUGAUUUUCAAGUUUACAACGUUGAAAAUAUUUUUCGUGUGGGAGUUCAUUUGGGCAGAUAAAGAAAUAAACCAUUAGAAAUUAGGCGUAAAUUAAAUGCAAUAAAAAUUAGAUUUCAGUCAAAAUAUCAAUGGACAUGAUUUUCUUUGUGUAUGGAGAAAAAGACCAUUUGUAACAGAUAAAGCAACUCUUUCCCUUUUUAUUGAUGUCUCAUUUAAAACAUAAGGAUCAACUAUAAUUUUGAAUGACAAAAAGGAAACAAUUUAUAAAAAUGAUGAAAAUCAGGAAGAAUUUCAUAGUAUGCGGUUUGAGAGCGAAAUUAUGAAUUGUAAUUUCAUAAGUGCAAAAAAUGAGUAAUCAAAUUUAAGAGACAUGAAAAGAAUGGAUGAUAAUCUACAUAUUAUAGAUGUUGAUCAGUUUUUGAAAGG